AAUGUGUCUGAACUCGCCUUGGUGUCUUUGUUAUGGGUUGUUGGAUCAGGAAGUUAGACCAAGAUGGUUCGUAAGGAGCUGGUGGUCCGUCUCAACGACACAGAGUACACAAACUGGCUGAAAGCAGGACGGUGUCUGCUCAUACUGAAGGAUGGCCUCCAUCCCUUCAUUAACCACCACAUGAGAGCUUUCCAUGGGGAUCUGCUCAACCAAAACACUCUGCUGCGGAAACCCUGUGAGACUUCUUCAUGCAGGUCGAGAGGGAAUAAGCUUUCCAGGGUGUGCAGGGUGUGUUCUGCAUGGCAGUCAGUGAUCCUGAGACAUCACAGACAACCUGAUGCCAUCGUCAACUGGGACAACUGCUCCCCCCCCUCCUGGAGAACAGACCACUGGGAAGUGGCCAAGGCCUACAUGCCACGUGGUCAGGGGAAAGUGAAGGGAGCAGAUCAGUGCGAUGCCUCUGCUCUGCUCAACCUCAUCAACUACUGUGAUUGUUUCCAGUCUGUGGAUCCAAAGUUUGUAAGAGAGGUGAUCCAAUACAGGAAUGAGUUAAUGCAUUCUUGUGAAAUGCGUAUGAAAGAUAAAUGGAUGAAACAUUACCACACUACUCUGAAACACUUUGUGCGGCAGUUCAGCCACGUACCACAGAUGGCAACAGUUGGACAGGAGAUUGAUGAGAUGCUGACUGCUGAUUUGUCAAUAUGUGUCUCUGGUUUGGACCGACUGGACGGAGUAGAGUGUGAUUCUGUCCACCAGUGGGAGACCAACCCAGACCUAAUCAGCCAAUGGGAAGCUGCGUUACUACAAGAGAGGCUGCAGGAGUUACUACACGCUGAUGAUGAUGACGUUACAAAGACACAGGACACUGAGCAGUUGAAGAGCAUGGGUGGUUUCCUGCAGGCCAACAGAGAUUUGGGCGAGAGGUUUUCUGCAGAGCUCCAGGCCAUCAACUCACUGGAGGCCAGGAAGUAAGAAGGAGUAGGAGGUGAAAAGGAGAAUGAGGAGAAUACAUAUUUAUUUGAAAUAUGUCAACAACAGAACCUAAGUUGAAAAUCAAGUGUUUUGUCACAGAUUGUUUGUAGUGCAUACAUGCAUGUAGAUAAAUAAAAAAACAGAUGUAUUGUCUUGUCCCUGACUGAUUUUCAGUCUUUAACAUGAAAUAAUUUGUGAUAAAAACCGAAAACAGAAAUGUACCAAAAUGUUUAUACGGCCUCAUAAUAAUGAAUCAGUCAAAACAAAAUGACACAGUAGUAGUGACUGAGAAGGAAAAGUUGUAGGCCAUACAAAAUGUGGGUGGUGUGUGAGUGGAAGCAGGUGACUUAAAAAUUCUGUAAAUGAGUCUUAGAAUAUGUAAUGAACAGUGCUUUACUGUUUGCCCCACUGCCCCAACACUAAUGUUCACUGGAAAUAUUGUGUACAUUUCUGAUCUAGUGUUUUAGAAGUUGUGUGAUUACAAAUGGGCCACUGAUGGAUGCAUUAAUGUGUAGGCAACAAGUUAUACCUGUGCCAGGUGGAGCAACCUCUACUUACUUUGUAUCCUGGGUGGUUUCAUAUAUUAUGAUGUUUUGGACAUAAGAUAUUAAUCUACAAAGUAAUAUUAGUGUAAAAUGUUGCAGAAUAAAAAGUUGGGGGGUGAUCAGACUUAUAGUGGAAGUGUCUGCUGUCAGUUUAUACUGUAUACUUAUUGAUCCCUCAGAGUGCCAAACUGAAUGGAGUACUUAUGCAGGAUUUACAACUCCCUCCCCAGAUAACAACGCAAACUGCACGGAUUCCUCCUUUAGAUUGUCAGGUGUGUUCUUGUUGGAGAGAUGAAAUAUUGGCCUACCACACCAAUCCACGUGGAAAGGUGAUGUGGAAGAACAGCAAACCUCACCUUUGGUCCCAAGAAAUAGUGGAAGUGGCUAAGGUCUACAUGCCAGAUGGUCAUGAGAACCAUAAAUCACUUAGUGACUUUGACAUCGCUGCACUUCUGUGUCUGAUGAUUCAAUGCAAGUACUUCAAGAAGUUUGAGAUUGGCGCGUUGUGUGAAAGGGUUUUGUGUGUCCGAAACAAGGUCAUGCAUUGUCCAAGAUUCGAUAUGAAGCGAGAGGAUUUGCACGAUUAUCUGAAUCAUAUCAAAGAUCUGGGUAAAAAGCUGGAAUACCAUGAUGAAGGGUUCAAAAUCCUGUCUGAAGAAACUGAGACUGUUGCUCAGGAUGCCAGUGGAUGUAAUCUUCCCAGGAUGAUGUUGGAGAAGUUAAAGACAAAGCUGCAAAAGGAGAAAGAGCUUUUGGUUCCUGUGAGAAAAGCUCUUGGACAUCUUCGUGCUCAGGCCACCAGCAUCAAGAAGCUUCUGGGGAGAAAUUGUGUCUUUGGCUUCUUAAAUACUUGUUCCAAACCUCAAGACAAUGCUUGACUGCAUCACCAUUCCAUGAUUUUUUCAAAUGUGUAGAUCAUUUUCAGAGUGUAUAUUUUUCCAGCUGACAAAGAGAUCCAUUAAGUUAGUGAUCAGAAUGAAAAAACACUAUGCAAAUCCUCAUAUACCAAAACAACACAUAGAUAACACAUUGAUUUCAUACUGCUGUUGGUUUAUAAAGCACUAAAUGGUUUGGGGCCAAAAUAUAUUUCUAGUCUACUGCUACAUUAUGAACCAUCCAGACCCCUUAGGUUGUCCAGGACAGGUCUGCUUUUAGAUGAAGUUUACUGCUAGCUUUUAAUAAUGAUUAUAAAUAACACUAACUUACUAAUUACUAAAUUCUAAUUACUAAAACUGCACUGCAGUAUAACUUUUAUUUUUCUUUUGGGAUGUUUUUCCUAUUUUUUAUUUUUCAUUUUACAAUUUCUAUCUAAAUGCUUUUAUAUAGUCUUAUGUUGCUUUUACAUUUUGCCUUUACAUCUUAUGUAAAGCACUUAGAAAUGCCUUGUCGCUGAGAUCUGCCAUACUGAUAAACUUGCCUUGUCCUAGAGACGUUAGUUUUUAUAAUGCUGUAAGAUGUACAAUUAACUUCUUGGAUAUUUCUGUAGUGACAUUUCUUGUUACUUAUCGACCAGCAUUUGUAUCAGUGCCAGUACAUCUACAGUAACCUAUUAUCAGCCUGAUUUAUUGGUCUAGUUCUAAUAUACAUUAUAUGAAGUGGUGUUUGUAUCCCAAAACAGUAUAAUGGCAGCCUACACAGCAGCUAUCUAUGAGAAUAUUUAGGUCAAACAUAUCUGAAGAUUCAGUUUUUGAUUGCAAGAUAGUGUCUUUAGUUAUUUGAAUAUAAAGCAACAUUAUGUAACUAUUUUACCUUAAAAUAACAGUUUCAAAAUCAUUGUAUUAUCAUUGUAUCACAAGUCAGUGUACCAUCCACUGACUUGUGGGAGAAUGGUACUUCUGUCUCCAAACAUCUGCCCAUGCUCUAUGUAACUUCAGUGAGCAGGUAUGAGCUUUCAGUACUUCUGUAGCUUGUACCUGAAUCUCUGCUGUGUAGAGUUUGAUUCUUUUUGUUCCUGCUCUUACUUUCAUCUAAUAAAUUUUAGUUCACCAUACACAGAUCCCUGCACAGGAAACUAGAAUUUCCUAUGUGGAAUGACUAAACCAUAGCAAUGUCCUGGUUCUGUCGCUGUGCUGUUACAUUUUGUUGCCUUAAGCUUUAAUUUAUUUAUCAGCUGAUUAGAGUAUGAAGUCCUGUUUGAAUUUAUUUAACUAACAGUAUUAUUGAUGAAUUCUUAUUUUUGAUUGCUCUGAUAAUUGUUUACUGCCCUCUGUUGGUUUGAGGGCUCUGUACCACUAAGGGCUCACAGGUCAUUUUUGCCCUGGGCUCACACCAGCUGAUUGAUCCGUCCAUGGAUUGAAAUACUUGUACCUAGUUUACAUCCAAUGACAUUGCACCUUAUUGUUGUAAGAUAACUACAUGUUGUGCAAGUAAAUUCUUAAUCUGCAGUGUAACCAGUAAAUCCAUCCAUCAGAUCAAAGAGCAGUAUCUCCCUCUGAAAUUUGGGCAUUUAACCUACAAUAAUACAUUAUAAUAUAUUGGUUGAUAUUUUUAAGUCUGAGUAAUUUAUUAUGUCCUGUGUACUUUGAGAUAAAUAGAUUUGGAAUGGUGAAUGACAAUCCUCUUCUUCUUCUAUAUAAACUGCAAUGUCAUUUUUAUACAACAUUUGAAGCCUUUUGUCAACCAGCACUGACACAUUUUCUGUACCUUUGUGUUACUGACUAUUCUCCAGUAUACCAAAGUCAGCUUAUAGCAAAGACCAUGGUGGCAUUACUGAUAAUGAUUGAACAUGAGAAUAAAUUGUAUAUUGAUAUGGCAAAAUAUAUAUUUUUAAUUUAAUUAUCUUGUCCCAUUAUCCUUUUUUAUUUUAUUAUUAUUUUUGAAUAAUUUAUCAUCAUUUAGUGAUAGUUGUUUUGCUCCUAUUGUUCCAUUUAGCACUCAGGAAUAGUUGAUGAGGCUUCUCAUCAAUCUUUUUAAACACAAAAAUAUGUGCUCUCUUUGUUUAUCCCACCUGUUCAUGUUUAUUGUAUGUGGCAGUAUAUCUGUUGUUUGGGGCCAGUCAACAUAGUGGACAAACUCAGGACUAUGUCAGUGUGAAAGUAUGAAGCAGCUGAAUGUUAUGUUGAAUCCACCUUUGAUUCUGUAGCCAUGAAUGGAGGCAGUUAAAAUAUGCAUUUUGUAACACAAUGAGAUUUUUAAAUGCUUUUAUUUUUCUUUUCGUUUUUUUUCUCUCUUUUUUUCAGACCAUUUCACAGUAUAUUGUACAUGGCUCCUGUGAAAGAAAAGUGCUGUGGCUGGGCUUUUUGUGAGUGUAUUAACAUCCAAGUCAACAUGGUAUGUGUAUUACAGAACCUGUAUUUUUAGAAAGUAUUGUGGAAGAAAAACCCCAGAUCUUUGUACGUUUAAUACGAUGCCGGAAUUCAUACUCAUACCAUAUUACAGUAAAGAACCAAAGUCUGAAGCUCAUAA